AUGACUAUGCUCGAAGAAAUCAACGAUGAGGAUCUUCUUGAGCUCCGUAGGGACGUAAUCGUUCCUCACUCUACUCCAAUGAUAAUGAGGUCGGAGAACCAGCAGCGUUACUUUCAGAACUGUUGGUUUAUUGUCGCAGGCUUGGUUGAAUACUGCAGAUUUGAGUUUGAAAAAGACGGACCUUUGGCGUUUAAAAUGUAUCGGUGGCUGCAUGUUGCACCAGAAGAAAUGGAGGAGACAAAGUCGGCACUAAUUGGUAGACUGACCUACAACCAUGUUGACUCGACCUUGCUUGUUGCCCAGACGAUAAUGGGUAGAGACGGCUAUACACCAGAAAUGAUGAAGGAGCUUCCAGAGACUAGCUGGAAGGAGACCAGAGUAUGGGGGAACUACGGAGGUGUUGUCCAGAACAGUACCGGAGUUGGCCCUCCUUUUGGUAUCUAUGCCGGGGCAGCAACUGCGAAGUUGGAAAAUGGUUUAACAUGGAGGACAGCUGGUGCGAUGUCUAAUAGGUGGUAUUAUCAUUACCAAAACAUUGAGAAAGGCCUAGUAGCGCUUGAAGAGGCGCAGAGAGAAGCCAACAAAAAGGCAUCUGAGGGUGAACGCAAAACAGAGAAGAGGUCUGUUCCUUAUCUGUAUCGCUGGGCUGCAAGACCCGGAUUUGAGCUCAACUUACGACUUCUCCGGACGUAUGAAGUCAAUAGGGGCAGGUCAUGUGGAUAUAUCUGCCUUAGCGAAACUAUCGACACCAUCUAUAAUCAGUGCUUGGGAACGGAUACACCGACCAAAGCAAGCAUAUUAACAAAGAAAUUAAAACCGACAAUGCUCUUAGAACAUAAUUUUGAGCCUCUUAAUAGAGAGCUCCCUGCUAGGCAGGGCUUCCGUGGCCUGAAAAGCACUGGUCCAUGUGUGAAAUGCAUGGCCACUCAACCACACCCCCACCCGGAGAAGCUAAAGACUCCAAUUACACCGUGGUAUAGACAUCCAGACCCUGGUCAGGCGCAUCGAAUCCUGUGUUAUUUUUGCUACAACCAAGUAAGGCCAAAGAGGGUAGAUAUUCCGUAUAGGAUGGUUCCGGUACCCAAAAUGGACAGAAAUGGUCCCUGUGCGGCUUGCAAAUCACCUACCACGGAUGCUUCUUCUGGCUGGUCAUUGGAUACGAGGAUUCAAGGAGGAAUUGAUGGUGGCCAGCUUUGCAAGACAUGCCACGACAUAUUUAUUGUCCAACAUAUGCUUUUGGAUUCAACAGAACUUAGGGAGCGGCGGUCUAUGUGCUCCUACUUUAAAUGUACUGGAAAAGUGGCUAAGAAAAAAGGGCCACGCUGGUACGAUCAUCCAGAGAAUAUCGAUAAGGUCCCUAUUGCAGAAUACAGAAACGUGUGCGCUACCUGCUUUGGCAAGAUCCACAAGAAAGAUCUACCGCGACGGAAGUUAGCGUUGGAUAUAGCUAGGAAAUCGAUACUUAACCUAGAAAUGGGGGUUAGCUCAAAAUAUAAUAAACAGGAGAUGCGAUAA